UGGUUGGAGCGUAGAAGAAGAGCGGUUGAACUGGGCGGACUGCAUCCAGUCAGUAAUGAUGGACCGCAGCAGAACCAGCUGUAGUUUGGGGCUAAACGGUUCGGCUGAAGGAUGAGUUCGUUCGCAGGGCGGAUGCGGGAAUAUCCCACCGUGUCUCUGGACCGGUUCGACCGGGAGAACCUGCACGCGCAGGCGUAUUUCCUCUCGCAUUGCCACAAAGACCACAUGAAGGGACUGAAGGGGCCCCUGCUGAAGAGGAAACUACAGUUCAGUCGAACUGUCAGACUUUACUGCUCCUUCGUGACCAAAGAGCUGCUGCUAAACAAUCCAAAGUACGCUUUCUGGGAGGAAUAUAUCGUUCCCCUGGAGCUGGAAAGCCCAACUCAGAUUUCCCUGGUGGAUGAAGCGUCUGGAGAGAAAGAAGAGAUCGUGGUGACGCUGCUUCCUGCGGGCCACUGUCCUGGAUCGGUCAUGUUCCUCUUUGAAGGUCGUCAUGGAAACGUGUUGUACACCGGGGAUUUCCGGUUGGCUGUUGGAGACGUGUCCAGGAUGGAGCAUCUGCACUCUGGCAGCAGGGUCAAAGACAUUCAGAGUAUUUAUCUAGACUCCACUUUCUACGACCCGCGCUUCUACCAGAUCCCCAGUAGGGAGAUCUGCUUGAAAGGAAUCUCAGAGCUCAUUGGGAACUGGAUCAGCCAGAGUUCCUACCAUGUGGUUUGGCUCAACUGUAAAGCUGCCUAUGGAUACGAAUACCUGUUUACCAACCUGGGAGAUGAGUUUGGCACACAGAUCCAUGUUAACAGCCCGGCCAUGUUCAAGAAGAUGCCAGAGAUCCUGAGCUACGUGACCACCGACCGCAGGACCCAGAUCCACGCCUGCCGGCACCCAAAGGAUGAGGAGUUUUUCCAGGGAAACAGGCUGCCUUGUGGCUGCAUGGCGGCUGACGGGACGCCGCUCCGCAUCAUCAGCAUCAAACCGUCCACCAUGUGGUUCGGAGAGAGAACAAAGAAGACCAACGUCAUCAUAAAAACAGGGACCAGUUCGUACAGAGCCUGUUUCAGCUUCCACUCCUCCUACUCAGAGAUCAAAGACUUCCUGUCCUACCUGCAGCCCGUCAACAUCUUUCCGAGCGUUGUCCCGAUUGGACGCACGCUGACCGAGGUCACUCAGAUGUUGAGGCUGAUGUGCAGGAACCAGCCUGAUGGAGCAGCUCCUGUUUAUAAGCCUCUGGGAGUCCUGAAACGGAGCCGAGUUCAGCCGCCGACUUACGAUUCUGGCAGCGAUGAUGACCUGUUUGAAGGUUUGGAUCUGGCUCCAGUCAGGAAGAAGAUGAGCCUAAACCAGGAACCACAAACUGACUUAGAAGCAGCAGCUGAGAGAACAGCGCCCCCUGUGGCCAUGUCUUUACCUCUCAUGGUCUCAGACACGACGUCUGCCGCACAGAACUACUUUGACUGCACCGAGUCCAACGGCGAAGAUGAUGACGAGGAGGAAGAGGAGAAGGGAAAAGGAGACCAGAGGAAGGCAGAAGGAGGCAAAGACGCCCCAAAGUGGGAGGAUUUCUUCACGGCGGAGCAGCUGAGCGACAGCCAGAACAGCCAAUCACAUUCCUGCUGCUCUGCCGCGGCCACCUCCCCCUCCAGAGGGACCGGGUCGCAGACUGCCGACCUGUUCAGCGACGAGGACCAGACGCCGGAGAACCUGGAAACCUUCAGCCUGACCCUGUCCACCUCUCUGUCCAAUCAUUCCUCGCAGAACCUGGACGACACCCUGAUCCUCCUCCCACAGACCCCGAAUACCAAGACGGACGCUGUCCAAUCAGAACCCGAGGAUCUGCCCAUGUCUCAGGCGUCGUCUGACUUUGACAUCCCCUCCACGCCUGAGUCGAAGGCGCCGCGGCCCGACGACCUGCGAGCGCUGUACAUGAAGCUGGCGUCAGGAGAGGAGUUGGUCAUCAGAGGAGGAAGUGGGAUCAGGAAUGAAGACGAUUAGAUCUGGAUCCGAUCUUUCUAUCAGAGGUCUGAUUAUAUUUUACUGCUCUUACAUGUUAACUCAGGUUAAGUGUGUUUUAAUUUAAUCGUUUCUGUUCAGUGUAAGAACUUCUCUGGGGUUCUGUUCCCCUCAGAUGUUUUCUUUCUCAUCUCCUCUCUAACCUCCAGACCUCAGACUCUUUCAGUUGCACUUUAACCUCAUUCCCGUCCUUCCUGGGCGCCCCUAGCUGUUCACUGAACACGCCUACAUUCCGCUCAGCUGCCAUUCUGUGGUUUCCUCCGCCGGUUUUAUCGUCAAAGUGGAUCAACUGGUUAAAUUGUUCACCUCAGCUUUUUUGUUUUUUACCUCUAUGUCACAAACACACAC